UGUUUCUGGAGCUGCCAUGAUUGAAGUGGUGGCCGAGCUGAGUCGAGGUCCUGUAUUUCUGGCGGGGGAGGCUCUGGAAUGUUUAGUGACUGUCACUAAUCCCCUGCCCCCGAACGCCACUUCUGCAUCCAGGUGGGGAUGCUGGUAUUGAAGGUGGUGGCCCCUCCGAGAGGAAGCCUGGUACCGCUCUCUCCUUCUAAAUCAGAGCUUUGGCCGUGCUGUAACUACACUACCAUCACCACCUCCUGAUCAUUGUAGGGAAGAGCUUUUCAUCAAAGAUGUGAUGACAUGACCCCUAUCCCCCCCCACCUUGAUGCACUUUGCGUUGUGUAAUGGUUUCAGUAGGGGGUUCUGGAUUCCCUGGUCACUUAAGACAGUCUAACGGUGGUGAUCUUGUCAGACAGCACUGGAGGGGAAGCGUCUGUGAAGUCUGGAACCGUCUUCUCAUUCCUUCUUUGUCCUCUUUCACAGUGAGGCUCUGGCCUGGGCCAGUGCCCAGAUCCACUGCCAGUUUCAUGCCAGUGAAAGUCGGGUGUCGCUGCCGCCCCCUGACUCUAGUCAGCCAGACGUCCAGCCUGACAGCCAAACUGUCUUUCUUCCUCACCGAGGUUAGAGGUGAGAGGGGUCAGUGUAUCCUUUCUACUCCGCCAAAAAUUCUGUUUUGUGACUUGAGGCUAGACCCUGGAGAGUCCAAAUCAUACUCGUACAGUGAAGUGCUGCCCACAGAGGGACCACCUUCCUUUCGGGGUCAGUCCGUCAAGUAUGUCUACAAGUUGACCAUUGGCUGCCAGCGUGUCAACUCACCCAUCACUUUACUCAGAGUCCCUUUGAGAGUUCUUGUGCUGACUGGUCUUCAGGAUGUCCACUUUCCCCAGGAUGAGGCUGUGGCUCCAUCCAGUCCAUUCUUAGAGGAGGACGAAAGUGGGAAGAAGGAUUCAUGGCUAGCUGAGCUCGCGGGGGAGCGCCUCAUGGCUGCCACCUCCUGCCGCAGCCUCCAUUUAUACAAUAUCAGCGAUGGCCGAGGGAAAGUUGGGACAUUUGGUAUCUUCAAAUCUGUGUACCGACUCGGCGAGGACGUGGUGGGGACCUUAAACUUAGGGGAAGGAACCGUAGCUUGUUUGCAGUUUUCAGUAAGCUUGCAGACUGAAGAGCGUGUCCAGCCAGAGUACCAGCGACGCCGUGGGACCGGAGUCGCCCCUUCAGUGUCCCAUGUGACUCAUGCCCGGCACCAGGAGUCCUGCCUCCAUACAGCUAGAACCAGCUUCUCUCUCCCUAUCCCUCUCUGUUCUACCCCUGGCUUCUGCACUGCCAUUGUGUCCUUGAAGUGGCGAUUGCAUUUUGAAUUUGUAACAUCCCGGGAACCAGGAAUGGUCCUUCUGCCCCCAUUGGAGCAGCCUGAACCUGCGACCUGGACAGGGCCUGAGCAGGUGCCUGUAGACACCUUCAGCUGGGACCUCCCCAUCAAAGUGCUUGCUACGAGCCCCACCCUGGCCUCAUAUGCUGCCCCAGGCCCCAGCACCAGCAGCGUAACUAUCUGAGGCUGGCCCACAAGCCCACCGCGCACUAGUUUCUUCAAGAUGCUGAAAAUCCAACCCCAGCACCAGCAGCAUAACUAUCUGAGGCUGGCCCACAAGCCCACCGCGCACUAGUUUCUUCAAGAUGCUGAAAAUCCAACCCCAGCACCAGCAGCAUAACUAUCUGAGGCUGGCCCACAAGCCCCACGCGCACUAGUUUCUUCAAGAUGCUGAACAUCCAACCCCAGCACCAGCAGCGUAACUAUCUGAGGCUGGCCCACAAGCCCCCCGCGCACUAGUUUCUUCAAGAUGCUGAACAUCCAACCCCAGCACCAGCAGCAUAACUACCUGAGGCUGGCCCACAAGCCCCCCGCGCACUAGUUUCUUCAAGAUGCUGAAAAUCCAACCCCAGCACCAGCAGCAUAACUAUCUGAGGCUGGCCCACAAGCCCCCCGCGCACUAGUUUCUUCAAGAUGCUGAACAUCCAACCCCAGCACCAGCAGCAUAACUAUCUGAGGCUGGCCCACAAGCCCCCCGCGCACUAGUUUCUUCAAGAUGCUGAACAUCCAACCCCAGCACCAGCAACGUAACUAUCUGAGGCUGGCCCACAAGCCCCACGCGCACUAGUUUCUUCAAGAUGCUGAACAUCCAACCCCAGCACCAGCAGCAUAACUAUCUGAGGCUGGCCCACAAGCCCACCGCGCACUAGUUUCUUCAACAUGCUGAAAAUCCAACCCCAGCACCAGCAGCAUAACUAUCUGAGGCUGGCCCACAAGCCCCCCGCGCACUAGUUUCUUCAAGAUGCUGAAAAUCCAACACCUGGACUCCAGUGGGGCCGCUUUUCCCUCCUGGGGCCCUGCAGCACCGGCGAUGAGAACCAGGCUUUCAGCUGUGGUAUUGAUUUAUUUAUUCAGAGUAAAUUGGCAGCUGCUAGUGGUUUCCCUGGAAGUGACAGCAGCAGUGAGCAGUAGCAGAUGGGUGAUCCUUUAGCUGGAGUGGGGAGCAGGAGCCCCAGGAACAGGGGUGUUAGCUGAGCCCCAUUCUAGGUCAGGUCCUCCCCCUUUGCAGGGAAGCCGAGGGUCAGAUUUUUGCACCAGAGAAAAUUGACAGGUUCCUGCCUCCUGGCGUACUUCACACCCAGCGGGGAAGUCAAUGGGAUGCUGGGACCUAGAAAAACCAAAGAUUAGGAGUCAGUACAGAGAAGAGAUUGGGGGUCAGUACAGAGAAGAGAUUGGGGGUCGGUACAGAGAGGAGAUUGGGGGUCAGUACAGAGGAGAGCCACCUUUAUGACAUGCCCUUCCCUCUCAGCCAUCCUCCCGUAUCCUCCUCUAGUGUCCCCCAGACUCCCUCACUCAGCGCUCCAGUCCUGUAUAAGGACUGUUUUCAUUUUCCAAGCAGGAGUAUUUCCCUCCCAAUCUACCCCGUCUCCUCUUUCUCCUUGGUGCCUUCACAGCUGCGGUCGCAUGAUGCUUUUCUGCUUAUUCUUGCCUCACAGAAAUUAGUUACUCCCUGGCUGUCCCCCAGGCCCAUCAGUGGCAUUCCCUCUGGCCAUCCUUGGUCACUCACGUGUCACAGCAGCCCACACCAACAGGAUGCAGACAGGUACAAUGGAAACAGUCCUUGCGGAGCCAGGAUUCGCCCAGAGUGAAAUAUUUCCCAUCAUGGUGGCAGGGGGCUAGGGAAGAAUGAGGAUUGUUCUAUGAGAAUGAGGAAGGUGAGAAUUGCGGGUUGUUGGCGGCAGUCUCUGCUGGCUUGGGGUGGGAGAGAAGCCAUGCACACUAGCCCUCCAAACAGCCCUUCCUGUUCCAUAUGCUGAAGGACUGAGUAGUCUGGCAGACUUACCUCUGAGCCUUCACCCCCACCCUCAACCAUAAGCCUCAGUCCACCUUACCUUGAGCUUGGAAGUAGCACUUGCUGUUCACUCCUGGGUGCUGCAGAAGCAGAGAUAUCACCAGGCAGAUGCUCCUCCAGCCUCCCAGGAUCCCCUUGCCUUGUCCAGUCCAGAGCAUCCUUAGAGCCAUCUCUGCAGCCCAGCUUUCCCAGGCCCUGCUUGGCUUUGUUGGUUCCUCUGGUCUUUGCUUUUCUUGCCUUACGCCUUGACUCUUGAGUUUCUGUCUCGUUGGGCUCUUCCUCAUACCAUGGCCCUCUGCUCUUACAGGCCGAGGGUGUUUAUAAAGUGAGGACCCUGGCCCCCUGCUGAGUAGGACUGGACAGGCUGUAACUCUGUUUCCUGAGGUGAGGGCAUGAAAACGAGGUCCAGCAUUUAACAAGCUGUGAGAGCUGAUUCAUGCCCCCACACAGCUAGGGGGAGGGAGGUGGCCAUGGAAGGGGCACUGGACUGGGUACUUCCUCAGCCAGGAGGUGGGGGUUGAAGGCUCCAGGUGGUCCCCAGAUCUCCUUGACCUGCAGAGAGGAAGCAUUCCAUCAACCCCCCCUCCACCACCACCAGGGGUGUGUGUGCUGGGAUCCCUGCCUGGACCGGAGGGAGGCAUUUCCUGGGGAUGGCUAAUUCUGUGCCCCAGCCAAACCAAGGAGCUACAGCAGGGUGCAACUGCCAGAGACUCCAGGAGAGAAAGCAGGCAUCUGGAGUGAAGAGCAUGUUUCCUUCAUUCCUGGGGCAGACUUUCCCUACGGCAUCUGAGAAAUGGCUACCCUCAGCUUUGGGGGGGCGCCCCAAAGAUAAACUUGCCAUUGUUUUUUACCCCAAAGGGGCAGCAGAUGCAAGAUUGCUCCAUCCCUAGCCAUGCCCCACCUCAAAGAGAAGCACCUUUUCCAAGUACCCUGACAGACGAUCGAGCUUUCACAGAGGUGCUCCGUCUUUCCUCAUGAGGGAACAAGGCUUGGUGGACUUCGGUCUUCGAGUUUUGCAGGCUCUGGGAGACUAGAGACAGACUGUUGGGACUCAGGUUGGGACUCUUCCUAGCUGUCUGACCUCACACAAGUCCCUUCUCCGCAGUCAUCCUGUCUCUUGGUAGAAAUGCCAGCUCGUGGGCUCAUCGUGAGUAGCACAUGGGAUGUUCUUAGCACCUCUUUGGCCCAUGGCUCUCAGAAAAUAGCCAUGUAUGGAGGCUAACGCUGAGAGAAUGCUGCUGUUCUCUUCCCUGGAGGACAGUAAGCAGCUCUGCAGGCUGCUGUGUGGACUGCUCUCUCCAGGCCCAUGUCUGCCUUCCAUACUUAUGCUCUACAGUACCCUCUGCCCCCUUCAGAUGUGGCCCUGGGAGCACUGUGGUUUCAGUCGUGGACAUCCUGCUGCUUUGGCUAAGCUGCUUUUCCACCCCAGUACCUGGGGAACAGGGAUGUCUUACCCUCCCUCCUGCUGGCUUUAGGACUCUGCCCUUUCGUAGUUGAUCCUGUGGAUCCCAAGUCUCCUUUGUGACGCUUGUGAUGGUGACGGCUUAUCUGUUAUGAAGGCCCUGGUCAAACUGGACCUCUUCACUCCCUUUCCCACAUUUCAAGACCCAGCUGUGGGCCCAGCCAUCCCUCUCCUGCUCAGAGGACGUUUGCUCUGUGUUUCACUCAGGCCUGUGGUCCCAUGCGUGCCAAGCUUUACUCUCAUCACCCAGUGGAGCAGAUACGACUGGCUUCAUUCUACGUGUCACUGCGUCACUCAGCAGCCACUGUCAGUACAGGUCUAAUUCCUUAGCUGUCUUCCUCCAACACAGCUUUUGCUUAGGCCGGGGACGUAGUUCAGUGACAGAGUGACAGAGCGCUCGCCUACCAUCUCAGUGUCCUAGGUUCCACCCCAAGCACCACCACCCCCAAGUCGAGUGAAAGCAAACAAGGUUCCCUUUCCAAGGCGUGUCAGGACAAAAGCAAAGGAACACUUAGCAGGACGCACCCAGGUAUUCUCCCGUGUAGGGGCAUGACCGCCGUCGACUCCUGCUGUCUUGGCUGGGUUAGGGAUUGGAAGGCACCGAGCAUGGAGCUUAUUAGAAGUCUGGUCAUUAGUUAGCUUUAACACUGCUUUGGGGGUGGGGGUGUACCCACCUGAAGGCUGGGCAUAGGCUGUUUUCUGCAGUAACUGGACUAGAAGCGAGUGGGAAGCUGGAGAUCCUGGAGGCAGUGGGGGUGCUGGAGGUGGGACCUGGUGGGCACUGGUGUGUAAACUUUGAAGUGAGCAUUAGCUGUGGGAGCUUCUGGAAGGAGACGAGCUGAGCAAGGUAACUUUCUGAGGUUGCAGGGUAGUGUAGAACUGCUUGGUGGUCCGGGCACUGCUGGGGAUGUGUAGGGUUAUCAAUGGUUAAAGCCUCUGAGUCCCAGGAGAACAGCCUUUGGGGCGGGGGUUGGCACAGCCCUCCUCUGCGGGGACAAGGCAAACAUCCGCUGGGGGUGAGCCAGGCUGUGUUCCUGCAGUGCAGGCAGGUGGCAGGGUGAGGAAGUGAGCACAUUCCGGGGCUGAGUCACCCCAGUGUGGCCCACUUUGCCCAGAUGCGACAGAGCGAGGCCUUUGAAGAUCAUGGCUCUGGGAGAUUUGGGGACUGGACCCUGGGGAGGGGAGGGUCUUAAAAGAGCUCAAAGAAAUCAUGGAAGGGGCUUUCUGGGCACCGCAGUGCAAAAUGCAGAGCCCCUAAAUUCACAGCUCGUUUCUGAAUAGACAGCCAAACAGGGUAGAGCCCCUGGGAAACUUGAGAGGAAGGGCAGAGAAAAGGUCCUACAAAGUCUUCCUAGAGAGAGGGUGAUCCAGAGAACAGGCAGGUGGUGAGCUUCAGGCUUCUGAGAAAGCGUCCACCAUCCCAGCAGGUGGGGUGUGACUACCAGCAGUGUCUGUCCAGAGGCCCAUGUGAAGGUAGGAUUCAUGGAGAGUCGGAUCAUCUGGAUCUUUGCAGUAGUUCCUGGUUCUGAAAAGGCUUUCCCUGUGGGAAAAUUAUGCUUGGAUUUCUCAGGUAGACUGGAACAUCAUCUUGGCCUGAGAUGGCAAAGGUAGUAGGUGAUAUAAAAACAAACUAAUCUGUGUACCAUUAGUAACCAGCCUGCCGUUCAGUACCCUGUCCCAGGCCCCCAAAGUGAGACUGUUAGGGAUUUUCCCAUAUGGCCAGCCCAGCAUCGAGGAAACUGAGGGUUGCCACUCUCUUGAAACCAGCUUGGGCUACAGAGCGAGAGCCGAUCUUAAAAACGAUUUGCUUUUACUGAUUUUAAAACAGAAUCUUGAAUAAAAGUUGAAAAUCAA